AUGACCGAUGCUUUGGUUUCAGUGGUUUUCGACAUCUUGAUCCAGCGCGUGCAUCAGGCGAUAGCCGUAGCCGUAGCCGUAGAUCACGAUGAGAUCAAUAACCUGAACUUACACGUCAGCUUUGACUCAAGUCACAGGAAGAACACAACGCUUCAUAUUGCUGCAAAAGUAGGGAACAAGAAAAUGGUGGAAGCGUUACUCAGUAAGGGUACGCCAGCUUCACUUCUCACUGAGAACUCUAAACAUGAAACCCCACUUCACAUUGCAGCUAGAUCUGGCCAUGUUCAUGUGGUAAAAUUUCUUAUUGAUUGGGUGACCGAGUCCACAGACGUUGAAACUGGAGGGAUACAACAGGUACUGAGAAUGAGAAACAUGGAAGGCAACACGCCAUUACAUGAAGCUGUUAGAAAUGGUCACCAUUCUACUCUGCUUGUAUUAGUAGAAGCAAAUAACUCAGAUCUGCUUGUUUCACUCAACAAUGCUGGGGAGUCUCCACUUUUUAUGGUUGUUGAUGCAAAGGCAAGUGAAAUUGUGAAAACUAUCUUACCAAAUUCAAAUCCCUAUUCUCUUCUCCAUAGAAGUUCCGAUGGCCAGACGAUUCUCCACAGGGCCAUUCUGAUAGACACUAUGAAAAUUAUACUCGAAGAAAUGCAAAAACUGGUGAAUGAACAAGAUAACUGCGGAAGAAGUCCUCUUCACUAUGUUGCAGCCUCCGGUGCCUUAGCCUUGGUCGACCAUUUACUACAACUAAAACCUUCCAAUGGAUCUUUCCUCGAUGGUAAUUUAGCAACACCGGCUCAUAUGACUGCAAAAAAUGGGCAUCUGAAUGUAUUGAAAUUGUUUGUCAAGCGCUGCCGCUAUUGGAUCAAAUUACUCAACAAUCACCACCAAAAUAUCCUUCAUGUAGCAGCCCAAAAUGGACAUCUUAAAGUUGUUCGAUAUAUUCAAAAUAUGUUCAUGGUGAAUGAUCUAUUGAAUGAGACCGAUGAGGACGGAAACACCCCUUUGCAUCUUGCAGCAGCAAAAUUACACAGCAGCAUCCAACGGACCAUUGAAAUUCUGAAGGCAGCAAGUGCAAGGCAAGCUAAAAAGUUAGAGGGAAUCCUAGAACAAGAAGAUCUUAUAAUAGAAUCAAUACGGGACAAGAGGCGUAAAGAAAUGGCCGGCACCCUCAUAGUAAUGGCAACAUUAGUUGCAACAGUCACAUUACAGCGGCAUUCACCCUUCCAGGGGGAAUCCAAAGUGAAGGUCCACAUCAAGGGAUGGCAGUGCUAA